GCCAAAUCCAAAGACAGAAAAAUCAGCUCGGAUUCUGCAAAGCUCUAUCCCUCUCUCCCCCUCUCUCUCUGAAUGUGAGAAUGAGAGCCAUUAUGUUCCUCCUCCGACCCAUCUUCUCCAUUUCCCUUCUUUUUUACCCUCUCUUCCUUUUCUCUCAUUCUUCACUCACCGUCUCUGCUCUCAGCGACAUUCCAAUCUUCGAAAACUCUGCUGGGGUUGAGGCUUUUCAGGGGUCGGAGCCAUGGAGGAGUGGAAGAAGCCUUGCCGAGCAGGACCCUGCUGUGAAUUCGUCUCUGAUUUUGGCUGAAGACAGGACUCGGAGGAAAGACCCCCUUGAUGACUUUAAACCAUAUACGGGUGGAUGGAAUAUAAGCAACCAACAUUACUGGGCUUCGGUUGCUCUUACUUCUAUUCCUUUUACUGUCAUUGCUAUUGCUUGGUUUGUGCUCUUCGGGAUAUGCUUGUUCAUCACCUGUCUUUGCUGUUGCUGUUGCCGGAGGGAGCCUUAUGGCUAUUCUCGAACGGCCUACGUUCUUUCUCUUGCUUUCCUCAUUUUCUUCACCAUCUCAGCAAUUGUAGGAUGUGUUGUGUUAUAUGUUGGUCAAGGGAAGUUUCAUAGCCGUACAUCGAGCACAUUGGAAUAUAUAGUAAAUCAGGCAGAUGCAACUGCUGAAAACCUCAAGAAUUUGUCGGUAUAUCUUUCUUCAGCAAAGUCAAUCAGAGUCGAUUCGAUAUUUCUGACUCCAGAUAUCCAGAAAGGAAUUGACGAUAUUGGCACAAAGAUAAGUUCUGUUUCUUCCACUCUUACCGAUGCAGCUUCUAACAACUCAGACAAGAUACAAAAUGGCCUAGAUGAAAACCGACGCGCCCUCAUUAUUAUUGCUGCUGUUAUGCUCUUGUUGGCAUUUAUUGGAUUCUUAUGUUCCAUCUUCGGAUUGCAGUGUGUUGUAUACACCUUGGUAAUACUUGGUUGGAUUCUCGUUACAAUCACAUUCUUUCUGUGUGCCGUGUUUCUUCUUCUCCAUAAUGUGGUCGGAGAUACUUGUGUUGCAAUGGAAGAUUGGCUGCAGAAUCCCACUGCCAACACGGCGUUAGAUGAUAUCCUUCCUUGCGUCGAUAAUGCCACUGCCAAAGAAAUUCAGUCGGUAACCAAAAAUGUGAGUUUCCAACUUGUUAGUUUGGUCAAUGGAGUGAUCAACACAGCCACAAAUGUCGACCCCCCUCCAAAUAUCGGUCCCCCUGUUAAUUACAAUCAAUCUGGCCCAUUGGUGCCGCUUCUCUGUAGUCGGUUUAAUUCCGAUCUCACCAGUCGAACCUGCUUGGCGAAUGAAGUACAACUGAACGAAGCUCCUGCGGUUUGGAAGGAUUUCACUUGUCAAGUAUCAGCUUCUGGCAUUUGCACCACCACUGGUCGGUUGACUCCAAGUCUCUACAACCAAAUGACAGCAGCAGCAAACGUGAGUUAUGGUUUGUAUCGCUAUGGUCCAUUCUUGGUCGAACUUGUUGACUGUACAUUCGUUCGACAAGUAUUUACCGAUAUCAGUAACAACCAUUGCCCUGGUCUUCGACUAUACACAAAAUGGAUAUAUGUCGGGUUGGUUCUGAUGUCUAGUGCUGUCAUGUUCUCCCUGAUCUUCUGGAUUAUAUACGCAAGAGAACGACGACAUCGGGUUUAUACAAAGCAGUUUAUUUCUAGAGCUCCAGGAGGAGAAGACAAGGGAAACUAGAUAUCAAUCCCAUAUACUCAUGAUAUUACACUAAACACUUCUCGAGUGUCUUUUUGUCUUCCAAUGUAUAUUUAUUUAAUUAUGAAACCAACUGAAAAGUUUCAUUCA